UCUUAGGGCACGCGGACGGAGGUGACCCGCUGCUUUCUUGCUCCAGGCGGAGACGGGCGCAUGUGGGCUCUUCGCUCGCUGCUGUGGUCCGUGGCGGGGCGCACGAUGUCACAGGGACCCGUCCGCCGCCAGCGGCCGCCCAAGGACCCGCUGAGGCACCUGCGCACGCGGGAAACGCGAGAGAAGCGCGGUCAGUUGGGGAUCCCCGGGGGCCCAAACACCGUGUACCUCCAGGUGGUGGCGUCCGGCGGCCGGGAUGUGGGCGCAGCGCUCUACGUCUUCUCCGAGUACAACCGGUAUCUCUUCAACUGUGGAGAAGGCGUCCAACGACUCAUGCAGGAACACAAGUUGAAGGUUGCUCGCCUGGACAACAUAUUCCUGACACGAAUGCACUGGUCUAAUGUUGGGGGGUUGUCCGGAAUGAUUCUUACGUUAAAGGAAACCGGGCUUCCAAAGUGUGUACUUUCUGGACCUCCACAACUGGAAAAGUAUAUAGAAGCAAUCAAAAUAUUUUCUGGUCCAUUGAAAGGAAUAAACCUGGCUGUGCGGCCCCACUCUGCCCCAGAAUACAAGGACGAGACCAUGACUGUUUACCAGAUUCCCAUAUAUAGUGAGCGAAACUUUGACCAGCACCAGCCAUCUCAGAGUCCAGAUAGACCUCUCGGCAGGCUCAGUCCAGAUCAGUCUUCAGACUCUGGGUCAGCUGAAAACAAGCAGCACCUUCCACUUGGUAUCAGCCAGAAAGGGAAUGGCAGGGACCCUUCCUUGGUUGUAGCUUUUGUCUGUAAGCUUCACUUAAAGAAAGGAAACUUCUUGGUGCUCAAAGCGAAGGAGCUCGGCCUCCCAGUUGGGACAGCUGCCAUUGCUCCCAUCAUUGCUGCUGUCAAGGACGGGAAAAGUGUCACUUAUGAAGGAAGAGUGAUUUUGCCUGAAGAGCUCUGUACUCCCCCAGAUCCUGGUCUUGCUUUUAUUGUAGUAGAAUGUCCAGAUGAAGGAUUCAUUCAACCCAUCUGUGAGAAUGCCACCUUUAAGAGGUACCAGGGAGAGGCCGAUGCCCCCGUGGCCUUGGUGGUUCACAUGGCCCCAGAAUCUGUGCUGAUGGACCACAGGUACCAGCAGUGGAUGGAGAGGUUUGGGCCUCACACCCAGCACUUGAUCCUGAAUGAGAACUGUGCCUCCGUUCACAACCUCCGCAGCCACAAGAUCCAAACGCAGCUCAGCCUCAUCCACCCUGGCAUCUUCCCCUCGCUCACCAGUUUCCCCUGUAAGGAAGAAGGUGCUGCCCUCCAUGUGCCCGCGGUUCGUGGGGAAUGCCUCCUCAAGUACCAGCUCCGGCCCAGGAGGGAGUGGCAGAGGGAUGCCAUUAUUACAUGCAAUCCUGAUGAAUUUAAAGCUGAGGCCCUGGAGCUUCCCAAUUUCCAGGAGAGCGUGCAGGAGUAUAGGAAGAGUGCACAGGAUGUCCCAAACCAAGCAGAAAAAAGUCAAUAUCCAGAAGUCAUCUUCCUUGGAACAGGGUCUGCCAUCCCAAUGAAGAUUCGAAAUGUCAGCUCCACACUUGUCAACAUAAGCCCUGACAAGUGUCUGUUGUUGGACUGUGGCGAAGGCACGUUUGGGCAGCUGUGCCGUCAUUACGGAGAUGAGGUGGACAGGGUCCUGGGCAGCCUGGCAGCUGUGUUUGUGUCCCACCUACACGCAGAUCACCACACGGGCUUGUUACAGAUCUUAUUGCAGAGAGAACGAGCUUUGAUAUCUCUGGGAAAGCCAGUUCACCCUCUCCUGGUGGUCGCCCCCACCCAGCUCAAGGCCUGGCUCCAGCAGUACCAUAACCAGUGCCAGAAGAUCCUUCAUCACGUCAGUAUGAUCCCUGCCAAAUACCUUCAGAAUGGGGCCGAGGUCUCCAGUCCCACAGUUGAGAUACUCAUCAGUUCACUGUUGGUAGCGUGUGAUUUGAAGGAGUUUCAGACCUGCCUGGUACGGCACUGCAAGCAUGCCUUUGGCUGUGCACUGGUGCACACGUCCGGCUGGAAAGUGGUGUACUCUGGGGACACCAUGCCCUGUGAGGCUCUGGUCCAGAUGGGCAAAGAUGCCACCCUCCUGAUACAUGAAGCCACCCUGGAAGAUGGCUUAGAAGAGGAGGCUGUGGAAAAGACACAUAGCACAACUUCCCAAGCCAUUGGUGUGGGGAUGCGGAUGAAUGCAGAGUUCAUCAUGCUGAACCACUUCAGCCAGCGAUACGCUAAGGUCCCGCUCUUCAGCCCUGAAUUCAAUGAGAAAGUUGGGAUUGCCUUUGACCACAUGAAGGUCUGCUUUGGAGACUUCCCUACAGUGCCCAAGCUGAUUGCCCCCCUGAAAGCCCUGUUUGCCGGUGACAUUGAGGAGAUGGAGGAGCGCAGAGAGAAGCGUGAGCUGCGGCUGGUGCGGGCCGCUGUCUUAUCUGGGCAGCUGGCAGUUGGCCUGGAGGACAAGGAGCCCCAGCAGAAACGGUCCCAUGUAGAGCAGCCACCCAGCCCACAGAGCAAGAAGCUCAGAGCCCAGUGAAGAUCUGGGAGUAGCCCCGGUCCCUGAGGCUGCAUCUUCUGGCCUAUGCCCAGCACCUAUAUCUGCUCUCCUUGCCUGGUGGAAGCUAAAGAGCAUGACCCCACCAGGAGGAGGCAGCCCAGCAUGGGCAGCAGUGAGCUGUGCCAAGGCUGAGCCUGGGGGAGCCUUGGCCUGUAGAUGCCACCUGUAACUGGUGCCUGGCACAGCUGUGUGACACAAGGUUGUGGAGCAGAAGCAACAGGCAUCACUAACUCCAUUGCAAGUUUUUUUUGUUUUUUUUUUUGAGACCGAGUCUCAAGCUGUCACCCUGGAUAGAGUGCU